CACAGUGAGGUUCUCACCUCCGCCCCCCGCCCGUCGCUCGCAUCCCCAGUUCCAUCAAAGCCAACCCGGGCUAGCGCAGGGAUCUCCGAGUUGAGAGUGUGCUGAGGCUUGGACUGUCACUCAUUCUCCGCUCAGCGCGUGAACGCAGCUCGGCAGUGGCUGGCAAGAAACAAUUCUGCAAAAAUAAUCAUACCCAGCCUGGCAAUUGUCUGCUCCUCGGUCCGUUGCUCCGCCGCCGUCCACAGUUGCUCGUAAGGGGAAAGCACAGAAUUUACCUCGGCCAAAACAUCCCUCCCAGCCGGCAGUUUACAAUGCUGCGAACUAAGGAUCUCAUCUGGACUUUGUUUUUCCUGGGAACCGCAGUUUCCCUUCAGGUGGAUAUUGUUCCCAGCCAAGGAGAAAUCAGCGUUGGAGAGUCCAAAUUCUUCCUGUGUCAAGUGGCAGGAGAUGCCAAAGAUAAGGACAUCUCCUGGUACUCCCCGAAUGGGGAAAAGCUGAACCCAAAUCAGCAGCGGAUCUCAGUGGUGUGGAAUGAUGAUGACUCCUCGACACUCACCAUCUAUAAUGCCAAUAUUGAUGAUGCCGGCAUUUACAAGUGUGUGGUAACUGCAGAGGACGGCACCCAGUCGGAGGCCACUGUCAACGUGAAGAUCUUCCAGAAGCUCAUGUUCAAGAAUGCACCAACCCCACAGGAGUUUAAGGAAGGCGAAGAUGCUGUGAUCGUGUGUGAUGUAGUCAGCUCCCUGCCCCCAACUAUCAUCUGGAAACACAAGGGCCGAGACGUUAUCCUGAAAAAAGAUGUCCGAUUCAUCGUCCUGUCCAACAACUACCUGCAGAUCCGGGGCAUCAAGAAAACAGAUGAGGGCACUUACCGCUGUGAGGGCAGGAUUCUGGCCCGGGGGGAGAUCAACUUCAAGGACAUUCAGGUCAUUGUGAAUGUACCACCCACUGUGCAGGCCAGACAAAGCAUCGUGAACGCCACUGCCAACCUGGGCCAGUCUGUCACCUUGGUGUGUGAUGCUGAUGGUUUCCCAGAGCCCACCAUGAGCUGGACAAAGGAUGGGGAACCCAUAGAAAAUGAGGAGGAAGAUGAUGAGAAGCACGUCUUCAGUGACGACAGUUCUGAACUGACCAUCAGAAAUGUGGACAAAAACGACGAGGCUGAGUAUGUCUGCAUUGCUGAGAACAAGGCUGGUGAGCAGGACGCCUCCAUCCACCUCAAGGUCUUUGCAAAACCCAAAAUCACCUAUGUAGAGAAUCAGACAGCCAUGGAGCUAGAGGAACAAGUCACUCUGACCUGUGAAGCCUCAGGAGAUCCCAUCCCCUCCAUCACCUGGAGAACUUCCACCCGAAACAUCAGCAAUGAAGAAAAGGCUUCGUGGACUCGACCAGAGAAGCAAGAGACUUUGGAUGGACACAUGGUGGUACGCAGCCAUGCUCGUGUGUCCUCCCUGACUCUGAAGAGCAUCCAGUACACAGAUGCUGGCGAAUAUAUCUGCACGGCCAGCAACACCAUCGGCCAGGACUCCCAGUCCAUGUACCUUGAAGUUCAAUAUGCUCCCAAGCUCCAGGGCCCUGUGGCUGUGUACACUUGGGAGGGGAACCAGGUGAACAUCACCUGUGAGGUCUUUGCCUACCCAAGUGCCACAAUCUCCUGGUUCCGAGAUGGUCAGUUGCUGCCAAGCUCCAACUACAGCAAUAUCAAGAUCUACAAUACCCCAUCUGCUAGCUAUCUGGAGGUAACCCCUGACUCAGAAAAUGACUUUGGAAACUACAACUGUACGGCAGUGAAUCGCAUUGGACAGGAGUCCUUGGAAUUCAUCCUUGUUCAAGCAGACACGCCAUCUUCUCCAUCCAUCGACCGGGUUGACCCAUACUCCAGCACAGCACAGGUGCAGUUCGAUGAGCCAGAGGCCACAGGUGGAGUGCCCAUCCUCAAAUACAAGGCUGAGUGGAAGUCACUGGGCGAAGAAGCGUGGCAUUUCAAGUGGUAUGAUGCCAAAGAAGCCAACAUGGAAGGCAUUGUUACCAUCAUGGGCCUGAAGCCUGAGACAAGGUAUGCAGUGCGGCUGGCGGCCCUCAACGGCAAGGGGCUGGGUGAGAUCAGUGCAGCCACGGAGUUCAAGACACAGCCAGUCCACAGCCCUCCUCCACGGGAACCCAGUGCACCCAAGCUGGAAGGGCAAAUGGGAGAGGACGGGAACUCCAUCAAGGUGAACCUGAUCAAGCAGGAUGACGGAGGCUCCCCCAUCAGACACUAUCUGGUCAAGUACCGAGCGAAGCUCGCCUCCGAGUGGAAACCGGAAAUCAGGCUCCCAUCCGGCAGUGACCAUGUCAUGCUCAAAUCCCUGGACUGGAAUGCCGAGUAUGAAGUAUAUGUGGUAGCUGAGAAUCAGCAAGGAAAAUCCAAGGCAGCUCAUUUUGUGUUCAGGACCUCAGCCCAGCCCACAGCUAUCCCAGCCAACGGCAGCCCCACCACAGGCCUGAGCACUGGUGCCAUCGUGGGCAUCCUCAUUGUCAUCUUUGUUCUACUCCUGGUGAUCAUGGACAUUACCUGCUAUUUCCUGAACAAGUGUGGCCUUCUCAUGUGCAUUGCUGUUAACCUGUGUGGCAAAGCUGGUCCUGGAGCCAAGGGGAAAGACAUGGAGGAGGGCAAGGCCGCUUUCUCGAAAGAUGAGUCCAAAGAACCCAUUGUGGAGGUCCGAACAGAGGAGGAACGGACCCCCAACCAUGAUGGAGGGAAGCACACAGAGCCCAAUGAGACUACGCCACUGACAGAGCCUGAGCUGCCUGCUGACACUACAGCCACUGUCGAGGACAUGCUGCCUUCUGUCACCACCGUCACCACUAACUCUGACACUAUCACCGAAACUUUUGCCACUGCUCAGAACAGCCCCACCAGUGAGACCACUACACUGACUUCCAGUAUUGCCCCACCAGCCACAGCUGUGCCGGACUCAAAUUCUGUGCCCACUGGUCAGGCCACCCCUUCCAAGGGGCCUAGUGUCACUGCCUCGUCCUCACCCUCAGCCUCAGCCCCAAAAGUUGCUCCUCUUGUUGACCUGAGUGAUACCCCAACCUCAACUGCUUCUGCUAGCAAUUUGUCCUCCACUGUCCUAGCUAACCAAGGAGCUGUUCUAAGCCCUAGCACACCUGCCAGUGCCGGGGAGGCCUCCAAGGCCCCUCCAGCCAGUAAGCCUUCCCCAGCUCCAACCCCCACCCCAGCCGGGGCAGCCAGCCCCUUAGCAGCAGUAGCCGCCCCUGCCACAGAAGCCCCCCAGGCCAAGCAGGAAGGCCCCAGCACCAAAGGCCCGGACCCAGAGCCCACCCAGCCUGGCGCCGUGAAGAACCCACCCGAGGCAGCCACAGCCCCUGCUAGCCCGAAGAGCAAGGCUGCCUCCGUCAGCACCACAAACCCUUCCCAGGGCGAGGACUUAAAAAUGGACGAAGGGAACUUCAAGACCCCAGAUAUUGACCUUGCAAAGGAUGUUUUUGCAGCCCUGGGCUCUCCUGCUCCUGCCACUGGGGCCAGUGGACAAGCCUCUGAGCUUGCUCCUUCCACUGCAGACAGCGCUGUGCCACCGGCACCAGCAAAGACCGAGAAGGGUCCGGUAGAAACAAAGUCUGAGCCCCAGGAGUCAGAAGCAAAGCCAGCACCAACUGAAGUCAAGACGGUCCCCAACGAUGCCACACAAACAAAAGAGAAUGAGAGCAAAGCAUGAUGGGUACCAAGCAACAAGCAAAGAUCAAAAUAAAAAGUGACACAGUGGCUUCACCAGAGCAUCCCCGAUCUCAUACACACACACACACACACACACACACACACACACACACACACACACUCAUUCCUCUAGUGUCUUUUGCCUUUAAAAACAACAAAAACAGAUAAACAUGGGAUCGCCUUUUUGUAGGUUUCUAGAAAGGGCUCCUUUGUUUCACAUUCACUUGUUAAAAAAUAAAAUGAGACAAAAAGGUUAAACCCACAGCCAAACUAGGACACUCUGUUCCCUGAAACCAUUUAAAAAUCAAACAAAAGGACCCCAAAUUAAGAAUCUAGGAAGCUCAGAAAGAAAAAGGAAAAAAAAAUCUAGGUUCAGGAAGGCUGCAAUUGGUGUUACCCAAUUGGCACAGAUCAGUUUCAGAAGAAUGCUUCCAAGAACUCAGACUAACCGAAUGAACCCAGUCCACAGUUUAUUUUUAUACUUUCAGUCAAGUUGAGACUGUAGAACCUCACAAAUAAGUUAUACUUUCUGUUCACUUUGUAUUUGUUCUGUAUGCAAAGUGUGGCACUCUAGCUAGCUGCGUUCAGUUCCCAUGUAGGCUCCUGUUCCUAGGAGGAAUGCCAAAUCGCAGCUUAUUCAAUUUCUUUUGCUUUUGUUUUUCUUACAUUGUUUCUUUUCUUUCCUUUUCUUCCUCUCUUCCAAGUUUCCUUUCCAGUGUUUACAAGUUGACACGUUUGACUUUGGUUGUGUUUAAUGUCUGUGUAAAAUAGCUGCCCCCAACCCUUUUUUCUUUAAGCAACAGGUACCCCGUAGAGGCAGGUAGAAUCCUCCCAGGUUGCUUUUAGCACAGGGUGAAGGUUACAAAAGAUGAUUGUUUACAGUGGCUCUACUCCACUCCCCCAGUUCUGAUUCAUUGCAGUUUUACCUGUGUCAAACUGGGGUGAAAGCCCCCUCCUUCUGGAAUGAUUUUGCCUUUUUUUCCUGUUUGAUUCUGUUGCUGUUUCUUAGGGGGAGAGAGGGAAUGUUAGACCACUUUCUGAUUAGCUGCCACCUGUGUCUGUGACACUGGGCCUGCCUCCAGGUGUCUGCACACCCUUCCUCUGAAGGGCCCUUUGGCUUUGUUGAAUGAAGCAGAGAAGAUUGUAUAGUUGGGGCUGGUCUUGGUGAACACACUUUUUUUUUUAAGCCCAAACACCCCCUUUUUGUAGAAAGCCAAAUAAAAUAUAUACAUACCAUUUCCUUUAGAGCCCAGAAUCUAGAUUUGAGCGGAAGAGCACGUGUGCUUCAGGGAAGUAGUGUCUCCUUUUGGAAAUCUGUUGAAGUAAAAUGACAUUGGCCUUCUGUUCACUUAGACGACAUUUGUAAAAACAAAUACUGUCUGGAGUUAUAAUAAAACUUUCCUGGAUCAGAAACCAAGUAUGGGGGGAAACACAGAAACUUUCAGGGGAUGGGAGGGAGGGAAGGGAAAAGCCAGCCCUUUGUAUAGAAAUUUCGCUUUUGUUUUUCAUUCUUCUUUAGAACCGCAAGCUUGUGCACUGUGGAUGCGUGAAUAUUUUAGUGUGAAACGUGUUUUUGUCAUAGUAUUGAAAUAAAACUUCAACAUAGUUUGGUUGUGGAAGGUAUAGCAGAUAGUUCAGAAAAAAAAUAUUCAGGAAACAAAAAAGAAAAAUUAAAAAAAAAAAGAAAUCCCAAAAGGAAUAGAAGCCUUUCAACAAAGGAAAUGAAAUACAAUGACGCUGAUGAAGAGGACACUAAAGCCAACAGACGUCCAUCCGACAGCUCGAGUUCCUUUCCCAAGUACAAAGCAACAAUAGGUUAGGGUGGCCAGACGGCUCCCGUGUCCGCUUUGUGGGACACACACCCCAAUGUUCUGACACUUCUGCAGUGUGAUCAGUGGCGAUGCUAGAUUAUAAUUUCAAACUGUGAAAAAAAUAAUGGUCUUGUCAUUUGCUCAAUGUGGGGUUAUUUUGCAUUUUCUCAGCUCCUGGGGAUGGAAAUGGAGGAUCCCAGAACACUCAGACUGGUCCCUUUCAUUCCAGGGCCUGCACAGAUCCACAGUUCACAUGCACAGGUCCUCAGGAAGAGGUAUUGGGAAGACGUUAGAGAGGGCAGGCUCAUAACAGAGUGGGAGAGGUGGGCAGCACGUACGCCAGAGAGGUCCUAGGGCUGAGGGCCAGACUCCUCUGGCCACAGCCCGUCCAAUGGAAUUCGUUUUCCAUAUUGUGAAGUCAGUGGCUUGACCAGCUAGGAUGAGGGCACACAGUACCUCCUGGAAAUGGUAUAUUUCACUCUGUUUGUGGGUUGAAAAAUUGAGCCCAAUUCUGAUAAAAAAAAAAAAAAAAAAGAGUCAGAGUUAUGGCCAUCCCCAAAAUAACAUGGCCCAGGGUGGCUCACCUCCAGAACACUGGCCCCACCAUUAGCUGGAAUUCAAGACUGUCCACACUUUGAUCUGCCUUUCUCUUUAUACAUAUGUUUGUCUCAGCAUGCAUAAAUUUUCUUAUUUUCUUCUUUUUCUUUUUUUAAUAGCAGUAAUCUCUCUAAAAUCAAAGAGGAAGACAGCAUAUUACCCACCUGUUUUAUCUUUUAUGUGAUGAGAUAAGCACUUACAGUUUUCUAUUUUGGUUUCUUUGGGUUUUUGUUUUGUUUUGUUUUUAGUUUUUGGAAGGAGGGAUGGACUCCACCAGUUUCAAUGUUGCUGUGUCGUAUGUCUAUGUGGCAUACAUAUGUAUCACAUAAAGACCAGCAUGGCCAAGUUCUGUGGGAAGGCCACCCAGGUGCCAUGAGUGGGGUCUCCCAAUCCUGAAGGGCCAAGGUGUACUCAAUAAGACUCUAUGUUCUCACUUUUCUAUGGAACCUCCCACGUCCCAGGGUCUCACCCUCAGCUGUCCGUCUGGAUGGUGGUGAUCACACCUCCAUUAACAUCCUUACCUAGCAUUCUGUACUUCGGGGGCCUUCUCUCUUGUUAUAAAACUUUUUACUGAGUGAAACAUCGACACCACCUUUGUUUCCAUUCUCACUGCUGUAAAUACUGAGUACUAACUGAGAAUUUUGACUUUGCAUUCUGUCAGAAUACUUGUGUUCAAUAAAAAUUGAAAGAAAAAAAAAA